AUGGCGCUAUUCACCGACGCAUCACCGCCACCGGCGUUAGGGGAGGAGCCGUUACCUCACGACAACGACGUCGCUUCGUUCGACGUCGUAUUACUGGACGACGAGGGUUUUCCAUCGCAACUCCCCGGAUCGGAAACGCCGUCUGAAACCAGCAGUUUCGCCACCGAUUUCUAUCGCUGCGGAACCGAUUGGUCCUCACUGUUGUCGCCGGAAGUCAGUAAUAAUAGACACAGGGAUUUCGAGCGCGAUUCGGGGAAGAAGAUGAAGCAGGCCAAUCUGUUCCAGAUUUGGGGUUUCAACAGAAACGACGCUGGUAGUCCAGUUGAAUCUGGACCCAGUUUGAGUGGUUAUUCUGAUGACGGAGGUGGUUCUUCUGAGAGGAAGUUUGUGAAACCUGGAGAUUGGGGUUCGGUUUUGCGCGACACAGGGAAAGACUCUGAGCACACGAAAUCUUUUAGCAAAAGAAAGGGUUUUAGUGGUGAAAAUAGGGGACAACAUUCACUGUUGAUGCUUUUCGGUAUGGGUGUGUUCAAGGGUGCUCAGCGUAUUUUCUUAGUCAUUUCCAUUGUGAUCACUAUGGCGGCCUUAGCAAGAAAUGGUCACAUGGCCCAAUAUAUUGCUCUCCUCUCACGGGACGGCUUGUUCAAAUGUGUCUCUCGGUAUAUCCACCCUUUGGAAUUUAAUACUGAACAUGUGAUUGAUGGUGUCAAAGUGACUUUGUUAGAAGCUAAUCAUUGUCCUGGUGCAGCUUUGAUUCACUUUGGCCUCCCAGAUGAUCAGUGCUAUUUGCACACUGGGGACUUCAGAGCUUGUAAACCAAUGCAAGCUUACCAUCUUCUUGUAAAUCAACGUGUGAAUGUACUUUAUUUGGAUACCACAUAUUGCAACCCAAAAUAUAGGUUCCCUUCCAAGGAAGAUGUACUUAAUUAUGUAGUCAAAAUUACAAAGAACCACCUCAAAAUUCAUCCCAGAACUUUAGUGGUUGUUGGGGCAUAUAGUAUUGGCAAAGAAUGCGUAUAUCUUUCAAUUUCUAAAGCUCUUGGGGUAAAAAUUUAUGCCAAUGCUUCAAGAAGACGGAUUUUGCAAGCUUUUGGUUGGCCCGACCUUUCAGAUAGACUCUGCACAAAAGGAAAUAACACACUUCUCCAUGUUCUGCCUAUGUCUUCUUUGAGACUCGAGACCUUAAAGGAUUACUUGAAGACCUACAAGGAACAAUUCACAGCAGUUUUGGCGUUUCGUCCAACAGGUUGGACUUUCAGUGAGAAGAUAAGCAACGAUCUGGAACUAAUUAAACCUGUUACCAAAGGAAGUAUCACGAUAUAUGGGGUUCCCUACAGUGAACACUCCAGCUUCACAGAAUUGCGAGAUUUUGUUCAGUUUUUGAGACCUGACAAGAUCAUUCCAACUGUGAAUGUUGGGAAUGCUGCUAAUCGAGAAAAGAUGCAAUCCUACUUCCAGGACUGCAUACCCUACUUAAAGAGUAUAGAGCAGAAGAUAGGAGGCAACGUUUUUACUAGAAAGGGUCAGAUUGAUUUAAAGUCAAACAUUGCAGGUAAACCAAUUCACCUCACUCACUAA